AUGCAUCUUCGAGACAACGCACUGAGAGCUGCUGUGGUGGUAGCUCUAGCUACGACAGUCAGCGCGUCGUUGGGCGACCGUUUACCAGACUUCAAAGAAUGCGUCAAGACGCUCAUACAAAGCCAAUCCAACNNAGCACUCCAGCACCGCCUCCUCUUCUGGGACUGCCCCUCCGAAUGCGACUAUUCCUGCCAGCACAUUGUCACCGACACCCGUCUCGCUCGAGAGCCUCCUUACCGCGAACCAAUCCUUCAAUUCCAUGGCAAAUGGCCGUUUGAAAGAUACGCCGGAGCGCAAGAGCCCGCAUCUGUCGUCUUCUCACUCCUCAACUUUUUGGCUCAUGACCACGGCAUGAAAGUCCUGCGAGAGAAGAUCCCAGCAAGUUAUCCAUUGAGGAAGUUCUACCUUGGCUUUGGAUACUUUGGGCUUGCGAGUUGGAUCUUCAGUUGCGUGUUCCACACGAGAGACUUCCCAAUUACAGAGAAGCUGGAUUACUUUGGUGCUGGUGCAUCAGUUCUCUAUGGCUUGUUUUUGUCUGUGGUGAGGGUGUUCCGUUUGGACAAGAACACACCGAAACGGUCUAGUGUGCUUAGAGCCUGGACCUCGCUCUGCAUUUUGCUAUACCUCGCUCAUGUUUCUUAUCUGUCGUUCUGGCGCUUCGAUUAUACCUACAACAUGGCUGCCAAUGUCGCGGUGGGUAUCAUCCAAAACCUCAUCUGGAGUUGGUUCAGUAUCAGCAGAUACCAGAAGACGAAACGCAUGUGGGCAGCUUGGCCUGGUCUCAUUGUCGCCUGGGUCAUCCUGGCGAUGAGUCUAGAGUUGUUCGAUUUCCCGCCUUGGUGGGGUGCAGUGGAUGCCCAUAGUUUGUGGCACAUGAUGACGAUCUUCCCUACGCUAUGGUGGUACAGCUUCUUGAUCAAGGACGCACAGGAGGAUAUGCAAGGUCUUCGUCUCAAGGCGUAG